AUGAAUCCACCGAUCCCUGUCCCAGCCUCUUCUUCUCCGGCGAUGGACGCUUCGCCGCUUCUAAGCCGGAACAGGCGUAACCUCCCGCACUCCUCCCAGCCGCUUCGAGGCGCAGCGUCGAGGCUUCUCCGCCGCGCUAGCAACCGCCGGAUGAUGCUUCGUGAGCCCUCCGUUCGAGUCCGCGAGGUGGCGGCUGAGCAGCUUGAGGAGCGGCAGAGUGAAUGGGCUUACUCGAAACCGAUCAUAGCCCUCGAUAUACUCUGGAAUUUCGUCUUUGUGAUUAUCUCAAUCGCGAUUGUAUGGGUUAGUUCUGAAGAAAAUCCUGAUGUUCCUCUAAGGCUGUGGAUAAUUGGGUACAAUCUCCAGUGUUUGUUUCACGUUGGAUGUGUAAUUGCUGAGUAUAAACGACGCCGAGAAGCUAAUUCUCGGAGUGAAGAUGAUUCCUCCAAUCACGGAUCUCUCAGCGGAAGCGAAGACGAAUCUGAUGGUUACGGCGUAGACGAGGCUGACGAUGACCAUCGAGCUAGUUUCGCCAAGCAUCUCGAAUCUGCAAAUACGAUGUUCUCUUUCGUCUGGUGGAUCAUCGGGUUUUACUGGGUCACAGGUGAUACCGAGGCACUCUCUCAAUCCUCGCCGCAACUCUACUGGCUCUGUGUUGCAUUCCUUGCCUUUGAUGUGAUCUUCGUUGUCAUCUGCGUCGCCGUUGCUAGUCUAAUCGGUAUCGCUGUUUGCUGCUGUUUACCUUGCAUCAUCGCGAUCUUGUACGCGUUAGCUGACCAGGAAGGUGCGCCGGAUGAAGAGAUAGAAAGACUUUCGAAAUUCAAGUUUCUCACAGUAAAGGAUUCGGAGAAAGUGAAUGGCCAAGUCCUCGAGACUCAAGGAGGGAUAAUGACUGAAGUAGGUGUUGAUUCUCAAACCGAACGCGUGAUAUCUAGCGAUGAUGCUGAAUGCAGCAUUUGUCUGUGUGCUUAUGAAGAUGGAGUAGAGUUAAGGGAACUUCCUUGCAGACACCAUUUCCACAGUUUAUGCGUAGACAAAUGGCUGAGGAUCAACGCGACUUGCCCUCUCUGCAAAUUCAAUAUUCUCAAAAAUGGUGAACACAGUGGCAGUGAACAAGUGUGA